UUCGCUUCGGCUGCGCGCGCGUCCCACUUUUCCCCUCCCUGCCCCUAAUAUCUCCUGGCGCGGGCGUCUGGAGGCCAAAAUCCCUAAUUCCCCCGCGCGGGCGCACUGCUCGCUGCCGCCGCCGCGUCCCAGCUCCGCCGCCGCGCCCCUGCUCCCCCGCCGCCCCUUCCACGCCGGUCGCCCCUCUCCCCGAUCCUUCCCGCCGGCCGCCCCUCUCCCCGAGCCAUCUCCUCCGUCCGCCCCUCUCCCCGCCUCCCUACGAGCUGCCCCGACCGGCCACACAGGGAGCUCGUCCAGGACGACCGUCCGGCCGACUACCUCGACCACGACGGCCGGCUGCCACAAGCUCGACCACCAGUAAAGGCAGGAGGCCCACCACGACGACCUGCAGCGGCCGGUUCUGGACCAAGACGAACCGAAGAUGAAUGGAGUUGAUCAAGAUAUUGAUGAUGAGGCUAGCAAAAGGAGGAAAAGGCUUGCACGGUUGGCAUCUUUGGCAUAUCAAGUAGCAUGUAUGGGCCAGAUAGGUAAUCACUACACGGUGACUAAUUUGACAAGACAGCCUUAUAGGAUUCCUCAACAAACUGGGUAUGAGUGGGUUAUGGAGUGCCUUGGGCGCAAAAGGAGUUGCUAUAAGAUGUUUAGGAUGAACCGAGAUGUAUUUAACUCAUUGCAUAAUGUCCUAGUGUCUCAUUAUGGAUUGGAGUCCUCUAGAGAAGUGACAUCAGUGGAGUCAUUAGCUAUGUUCUUGUGGGUAGUUGGUGGUCCACAAUCCUUCUCUCAAGUUGAGAACCGGUUUGCAAGAUCAACUGAAACGAUUCAUAGGAAGUUCAAAGAAGUAUUGAAUUGCUUGUGCAAGUUGGCGUGCCAUAACAUAACACCUCGAGAUCCUUCUUUCAAUACCGUGCAUGCAAGAAUUAAGGAAGAGCCGUUUUGGCCUCAUUUCAAAGAUGCAAUAGGGGCAAUAGAUGGCUGCCAUGUCCCUGUUGAAGUACCAGCAGAUGAAGUUGUGAACCACACAGGUCGGCAUGGGUUCCCAUCUCAGAACGUGAUGGCUGUUUGUGACUUCGAUAUGCGGUUUACUUUUGCUGUGGCUGGUUGGCCUGGGUCUGCUCAUGACACGCGGAUCUUAAAUGACACCUUGGCAAAGUAUGCACAUCGAUUUCCUAAGCCCCCUGCAGGCAAAUAUUACCUCGUCGAUUCGGGUUAUUCAAACCGCGAUGGCUAUCUUGCUCCUUACAAAGGCCAAAUAUACCAUCUACCGGAAUUCCGCAAUGGAAGAAAACCGGUUGGGAAGCACGAGGUCUUCAACUAUGCCCACGCUCGAGGGAGAAACGUCAUUGAACGUGGGUUUGGAGUUCUCAAAGCUAAAUGGCGCACGUUAAAGGGUAUGCCCAGUUUCAAGCCUCGUAGGCAAAAGAAGAUUAUUAUUGCUUGUAUGUCGUUGCACAAUUACAUUCGUGAAACGAAGCUGCCUGAUGAGGAGUUUGACAAAUGUGAUGAAGAUGAGGACUAUAUUCCUGGAGGAGAAGAACAACUUCAAGGAGAUAAUAUUCCAGUGAGACGUGACGCUGGUUAUAUGAACUCAAUACGUGAUACAAUUGCUGACUCCUUGUGGAGCUCAAUGGGAGAAUGAGUUCAUGUGCGACUUACCAGUUUAUUUUGUGAUAUGUGCUAGCUGCAUAUAAUGUUUUGCGCCGCAACUACAAAGCUAGUUGCUGGGCUGUUUGCUUGCUUGUGAAAAUAGCAAGCAUUCAAAAGAGGGAACCUGUAUAUUUUGUAAUGGAUAACCGGAAGAACACUCUUGGUUGUAAUGGAUGACCGGAGGAAAGACAUGUACUAGUCA